GAUCUACCCUUUGGAUUUUGGUUCGGAGGAAAUGGUCCUGUUCGGAGGCAAGUUGGAGGCUCCGGCCCACGAUCCCCUGAUAUACCUUUGCAACAACGAUCUGGCCGGAGUAUAAACACUAGAGAACUGCCAGAUGCUGGAAAGACUGACAUGGCUGAUCUAAUUGCUGAACUGCUGCUGAUGAAUUUGAAGAGAGAGGUAAGCGCGGUUAAUGGGGAGGCCGGUGGCGAGGCUAGUUUUGCUCCCCAAAUGUACCGACCCUACGCGAGGCUGGCCGCACACUAUGCCUAUGACGAUGCCCAGGAAGGGCUUGAACAAGAAUUUCUUGAAAGUCUCCGAAAUAAGAAAAGAUCUCCCGAGGUUGCCCAGGCUCUAUCCCAGUUUAAGAACGAGAGAAUGGUUUUAAUGGGAGGAAACCCUGGAAACAAGAUUUUGAGGCCCCCAGCAGAUUGGGGCAAAAUGCUGAUGAAACGACAGAAUCAGCUGAUUUUUAAUCCAGUCUAACUUGAAGAGAGAGUUAAUACUUCCAUUCCCUCGUCUUGGUUAAGAAUGGCUCUACUAGAUACACUUACAGGCAUUUCUACUGGAGCCAUCUAGCGAUAGCUCUACUAGAGACACCUAGUGGUAGCUUUUGGAGCCCCCUUCUGGCAGCUCUACUGGAGCCCCCUUCUGGCAGCUCUACAAGAGACACCUAGUGGUAGCUCUACUGGAGUCCCCUUUUGGCAGCUCUACUAGAGACACCUAAUGGUAGCUCCACCGGAUCCCCGUAGUUGUAGCUUUAUUAGAGACACCUAGUGGUAGCUCUACUGAAGCCCCCCAGUGGUAGCCCUACUAGAGCCACCUAGUGGUAGCUUUACUAGAGCCACCUAGGGGAAGCUUCAUUAGAGACAUCUAGUGCCGUGGCAGCUAUAUACAAAUACUAGAGCCACCUAGCGGAAGCUCUACUGGGUACACCUAGUGGAAGCUUUACUAGAGCCCACUAGCGGAAGCUCUACUAGAGACAUCUAGCAGCAGCUUUACUACAGACACCAACCAGUGAUAAAUGGAAAUUAAAGCAUUAUAUUAAACAGUAGUGGUUGCAUACAAAUAAAUACAAAAAUUAUUAGCCUUGUUUCUUAAUGUCAAUAAAUGUAUUUACAAAUGGGA